AAGCGAGGCGCACCGCUGGAUGCCCAAACCAACAUGAGCUCCUAUUUUGUCAACCCUCUUUUCUCCAAGUACAAGGGCGGCGAGUCCCUGGAGCCGACUUACUACGACUGCCGGUUCCCGCAGAGCGUCGCCCGCAGCCACACGCUGGUCUACGGAGCCGGGGCGGCGGCGCCCGGUUUCCAGCACCCGUCCCACCAUGUGCAGGACUUUUUCCACCACGGCACCGCGGGCAUCUCCAACCCGGGCUACCAGCAGAACCCGUGCGCCCUGGCGUGCCACGGCGACGCCGGCAAGUUCUACGGAUACGAAGCCCUGCCGAGGCAAACGCUGUACGGCAGCCAGCAAGAGGCGAGCUUGGCGCAGUACCCGGACUGUAAAUCGUCGGCGGGCUCCAACCACGCAGACGGACAGGGCCACUUGAACCAAAACUCCUCUCCCAGCCUCAUGUUCCCCUGGAUGCGACCCCACGCCCCAGGACGACGCAACGGCAGGCAAACGUACAGCCGCUACCAGACUUUGGAACUGGAGAAGGAGUUUCUCUUCAACCCAUACCUGACCCGCAAGAGGAGGAUCGAGGUGUCACAUGCCCUAAGUCUGACCGAGCGGCAGGUGAAGAUCUGGUUCCAGAACCGCCGCAUGAAAUGGAAAAAGGAGAACAACAAGGACAAGUUUCCGGGUCAGAGGGGAGAGGCCGAGGCCGAGGAGGAGGGCAACGAGGACGGUGAAGGCGAAGAGCCGGAAGAGAAGGAAGCGGAAGAGGCAGAGGAGAGCAAGGAGUGAUUUGAUGGGCCUUUUUAUGGUUAUAGGGCUAAAAAAAGGGGGUGGGGGGUGGUGGAAGGAGACCGAGUUAGGUCUCAUAAACGGAGCAGGAGUCGCAAGCGCGUCAUCUUUAUGACCAGCCUUUCGUUUUGUCAAGUGGGGAAAGGAAUCACAACAAUAUCCCUGUCAUCGAUAUCGGCACAUUUAACAUCCAACGGGAUUGGUAUUUUUUUCCGAAAAAGAAAGGAGACGAUCUCCAUUUGGUCUUCAAUAUUUCAAAUGCCGCCCUUGCAAAAUGAAAAACGAAAAGGGAAGUAAAACGCAUGCUAGUUUAUUCAAAAAUGGCUUCGAUAUUCGGCGGACGACUGCAUUCAAAUCCGUUUCGACGACCACGAUGCAAACUGUAAAUAGACAAUUAAUAAUAAUAAUCAAAGGCAUCAUAAGACCUUGUAAACUCAACAAAGGGUUUUUAGUAGCGCGUUCAGUCAUCAUCGCGGCAUUUUGUACAAACCACUCACCUUUUUAUUAUGAUUAUGAUUAUGAUGAUUAUUAUUGUCAGUGUUGACAUUUUAUUUCCACACGGAUGGCCUGAAAGCAGCCACACGAGCUCUUCACACGCGCUUUUCUUUUUCCUUCCUUUCUUUCUUUUUGGCGGGUGUGGUGGGGGGGGGGGGACCAGGGAAUUGCAAUCCUUUGAAAUCCUUUGAUGCUACCUAAACCGGGGGAGAAUUGCAAUAGAGAUUUCUGAAUAUAGAGAUUUCAGAUCUUUUUUAUUUUCAUUUGAAAGUGUUAUAGGCGCACACACGCAACUCGGCUACUUACUUUCUAUUGUUCUCAAGUUCUGUCUGUAGCAUUUAGCCAAUCCUUGUUGAAGACAAUGAAUUCUGUUGGAGUCUUGGGAAGAGAAUUAGCUCGAAGGCAAGCCAAGCAAUGACCGGGUUGUAACCUGCAGCCAUGCACUCACUACCUAAACUGGCGAGCCGCAAUGCCUGUGCACGGUACACACCUGCACUCUGAAUUGUCCGGCUCCGAAUGAACGCCAGACGUGUUGUUCCCCAACAACUCAAACUGCCUACAACGCACAUUAGACGGCGCCUACCUGCAACAACCACAGCGAGUUUCCUUUGGAUUUCUACGUGCUGGUGAAAUAGACUAGUUGCUUUUGUUUGGUUUGUUUUGCACUGAAUAUUAUAACCUUUGUGUAUACGUCUUGUUCGAAAUCGAUGUUAACAAGUAUGCUCGUUUCCCGGUGUUUUUCCUGUGAAAGACGACGUUGUCUCCCGCCAUUGUUGAUGUUCACUCACAAAUAAAGAUGAUGGCUCACGA